CACAGGAAACCCCGUAGCGGCUUUCUGAGGGGACCCAAGAUGGCCGAAUCUUCACAGUGGGGCUAAUAAUUACUUUUCGUCAAGACGCUGCUAUUUCAUGGUGCUCGACGGUCGCGCUGGCCAUUCGCCGUCCCGGAAAGUGAAACGAGCGAGUCUAUUCGAUUAGUUACGUCGGGGAAUGUUUAUCUCUGCGUGAAGAGACUGGCUGGUCCAUCCGCGGCCCUUAGCCAGAAUAUGGCGGAAUACUUGGAGAAAAUAUAGCUUAGCUUAUUAUGAACGCGCCGCUUUAUACACGACCCUUCCCGCCUUUUCACCGACCGCGCGCGAGUAUAAUGAUCAAAUAGCGUUAUCGGUACGUCUUUGAAGUUCAUUCGGGCGCGUUUCGAACGUUUCUGGGUUAAAAUGACUCGCGGGAGGAGAUAGCCUGCUAGCUGAGGCGCUAGCUACGCUAACCCCGUUUGACUGAAUUAGUCGCAGCGUUAGCAUAGCCUAGCUAGCUUAAAGUAAAGGGGCACGGAGGAAAAUAAACACAUUCUGCGUUCGUGCUCUGGCUGCAUGCUUUUAAACUCAUUUCUCACCGUUUCACGCCGUUUGGAAACGGAGGAGCGUUUUUCGUGAUUUCCGUUUAGAAAAGUUGAAAAUAUUGAGUAUGUUGUGGAGAGUCUCGGCUGCACACAGCAGCUAGCUGACCAUCGCUAGACUGGUCAGAAUAAUUCUUCUGGACUGCAUAAGUAUACUGUGAUAGACGCCACAACAACAUACUGCUUCAGCUUCGCGACAGCUUGCCAGUGAAUGCCAUACAUUUCAGCUUGAAGUUGACAGCAGAUUCUGUUGCACCUUGCAAGCCGAGGACGUUGAGAUUUAUUGAAUCAAGGGCAAAAGCCUGCUUGAGAGUUACUUGCAAGGAUGACUGACACUCGUAGACGAGUAAAAGUGUACACUCUGAAUGAGGACCGCCAGUGGGAUGAUCGGGGGACGGGACAUGUGUCAUCCGCCUACGUGGAGAGGCUGAAAGGCAUGUCUCUCCUGGUGCGCGCCGAAAGUGAUGGGUCACUGCUGCUGGAGUCCAAAAUCAACCCUAACACCGCCUAUCAGAAACAACAGGACACAUUAAUAGUAUGGUCUGAGGCUGAAAACUAUGACCUGGCCCUCAGCUUCCAGGAAAAGGCUGGUUGUGAUGAGAUCUGGGAGAAAAUAUGUCAGGUCCAGGGAAAGGACCCCUCUGUGGACAUCACCCAGGAGCUGAUAGAUGAGUCUGAAGAGGAGCGUUUUGAUGAUAUGUCUUCUCCCGGUCUUGAACUUCCACCAUGCGAGCUUUCCCGACUGGAGGAAGUUGCCGAGCUGGUGGCGUCAUCGCUACCUUCUCCGUUACGGCGGGAAAAACUUGCCCUGGCGCUGGAGAACGAGGGCUAUAUCCGCAAACUGCUGGAGCUGUUCCGAGUGUGCGAGGACUUGGAGAACCGUGAAGGCCUGCAUCACCUCUACGACAUCAUCAAAGGCAUUUUCCUCCUCAACCGCACAGCGCUUUUCGAAGUCAUGUUUUCUGAAGAAUGCAUCAUGGAUGUGAUCGGAUGCCUGGAGUUCGAUCCGUCGCUACCCCAGCCGCGGCGGCAUCGAGAGUUCCUCACCACCACGGCACGGUUUAAAGAGGUCAUUCCCAUUUCAGACCCGGAGCUGCGGCAGAAGAUUCACCAGACGUACCGGGUGCAGUAUAUUCAGGACAUGGUGCUGCCCACCCCCUCUGUCUUUGAAGAAAACAUGCUGUCCACCCUGCACUCCUUCAUCUUCUUCAACAAAGUGGAGAUUGUUGGCAUGCUGCAGGACGAUGAGAAGUUUUUGACUGAGCUCUUUGCACAGCUGACUGAUGAAGCCACAGAUGACGACAAACGGCAUGAGCUGGUGAAUUUCCUGAAGGAGUUCUGUGCGUUCUCACAAACGUUACAACCACAGAACAGAGACGCAUUCUUCAAAACGCUGUCCAACAUGGGUAUCCUGCCAGCGCUGGAAGUUAUUCUUGGCAUGGAUGAUGUUCAGGUGCGUGGAGCAGCCACUGAUAUCUUCUCCUACCUGGUGGAGUACAACCCCUCCAUGGUGCGAGAGUUUGUUAUGCAGGAGUCUCAGCAGAACGAUGAUGUAAGUCACACGCCUACUGACUUUUGUGAUCCUUCCAGCUACCUGUCUUCCUCACUGCUUGUCUCUAUUUUACAGGACAUCCUGUUGAUAAAUCUGAUCAUUGAGCAUAUGAUCUGUGACACGGAUCCAGAGUUGGGUGGAGCCGUACAGCUAAUGGGGUUGCUCAGGACAUUAGUGGACCCAGAGAACAUGCUGGCAACUGCUAAUAAAACCGAGAAGACAGAGUUCUUGAGUUUCUUCUAUAAGCAUUGCAUGCAUGUGCUCUCUGCUCCACUUCUUGCCAACACCACAGAAGAAAAACCCAGCAAAGAUGAUUUCCAGACGUGUCAGCUGCUGGCUCUGAUCGUAGAGCUGCUCACUUUCUGCGUGGAGCAUCACACGUAUCACAUAAAGAAUUACAUCAUCAACAAAGACAUCCUCCGCAGAGUACUGGUGCUCACUGCAUCUCAACAUGCUUUCUUAGCCUUAUGUGCUUUGCGUUUCAUGAGGAAAAUCAUUGGCUUGAAGGAUGAGUUUUAUAACCGAUACAUAAUGAGGAACUUCCUGUUUGAGCCAGUGGUCAAAGCUUUCCUCAACAAUGGAUCCAGAUACAACCUCAUCAACUCAGCCAUUAUAGAGAUGUUUGAGUAUGUCAGAGUGGAGGAUGUGAAGUCCCUGACGGCUCAUAUCAUAGAAAACUACUGGAAGGCCCUGGAGGAUGUGGACUAUGUUCAGACGUUUAAGGGACUGAAGCUUCGAUAUGAACAGCAGAGAGAAAGGCAGGACAACCCUAAACUUGACAGUAUGCGGUCGAUUCUGAGAAAUCACCGCUUUCGCCGGGAUGCGCGGACGCUGGAAGACGAAGAGGAGAUGUGGUUUAACACAGAUGAGGAAGACUUGGAGGACGGUGAAGCUGUGGUGCCACCCUCAGAUAAGAUGAAGAGUGACGAGGACCUGAUGGAUCCUAUCAGCAAGUUCAUGGAGAGGAAGAAACUGAAAGAUUCAGAAGAGAAGGAGGUGCUGACAGGGAAGGCGAGCCUCUCAGGACGGCAGAGCCCCAGUUUUAAACUCUCCUUCUCCAGCUCCCCAAAGGCCAGUCUGUCCUCUCCCCCAACCGCAUCCCUCCACCCCGGUUCACCUGGUUCUCCGAGUUCUCCCGGGACAGGAGCCCGGAGCUCCCCCCCUACGGCAGCUGUCACCACUAAGGGAGGUCUGGUGGGCUUGGUGGACUACCCCGACGACGACGAAGAGGACGAGGAUGAGGAAGACGCAGACAGUAAAGAAGAAAGUCCUCCGCUGUCCAAGAAGUCCAAACUGAGCUCCUAAAGCACUCCCUCGUCAGUCAGCACAGUCAUGCUCAAAGGGAGCUUCAUCCAGAGACUAUUGCAGCGCUCAGCCUAGAACUCAAAACUGAAACAAAAUGAAUGAAUACACAAAUGAAUGGAUAAAUGAACGAAUGCAGCCCCCCGCAGGAGUCCAAGGGGCGCCAUGUGAGGAACGGAGAAAGGGAGAGCAAGAGAGGGAGAAGAUUCGGUCACAGAGCGAAAAGGUGAAUGUCUCCACGUGGAGUUUGUCCAAGUGCCAAUCUGCAAGACACAGAGAGAGAGAGACUCGUGAAACGGACGGAGAGAUCGAAGACGGAGAUAAAACUGUGGUCUGGACAAAGAAUCAUAAAAAAAGGAUUUAAUAAGAAAUGAAUUUCGACAAAGCUAAAAGUACUGGGGGGUAAAAAAAGACCUCACACACAGUCAGUCGGUCACUCACAGACACUCAAACUGUUGCCCCACAGAGCGUCCCAGGCUUGGACCAGGACACACUGCCCCCCCCUCUCAGGGAAGGACCUCACAUGACCCGAACUGGGCCAGCCAAUCCACAACCACCACUCACCUUUGCUGACUCCAUCUCCAUUUCUUUCUCUCCUUCCUCUCAACCCGUAGUUUUUUUUUCUGCUCUUUUUUUCCCUCCUUUUUUCCUUUGUUUUUGAGUUUCUAGGGCCAGACGGGACACUAGGGAGCAAAGAAGUCUGGGUCGUCAUUGUUUGAGAUGUCACCGUUGUUCUCGUGGCUCAGCGGAAGUUCUUCCUCUUUCAAAGCCAGCAGUUCCCUCCUUUUUCUUAUUCUGUUGUUCUCCUCUCUCAUUUUUUUAAAUGACAUAAGAGACCUGCCUUUAAAUGUUCAGGACGUUUUCAGCCGCACUUGAACAGGUUUUUAAAACCUCAGUGGGGGGAGAUAGUUUUACCCUUUUGCCCUUCAAAACUGCAGAUUUUUUGGAAAAUUUGUAAGCCCGUCUUGAUUAAAGAUUGAGUGGAACUCUAGAUGUGAUCGGUUUUUGUCAUAUCUUCAUUUUCUUUUCUUUUACAUGAGUGUACUCUUAGUUGUUCGGUAUAUUUGGGACCAUUAAAAAGAUCUUUGCUGUAGUAGAUCUC